AUGGAAUUUUGGGGCGCGGAGGUGAAAAGUGGACAAACUUUAUCUGUACAGCCUGGAGAUGACAUGAUUUUGCAUCUUUCACAGGCAUCUCUCGGUGAGUCGAAAAUGGAUAAAGCAUCAGAACCUGUAUCCUUGUUUGUGACUAUUGAUAGAAAGAAGCUUGUUCUUGGAACACUCAGCUCAGACAAGCUGCCUCAACAACGAUUUGACCUGGUGUUUGAUAAAGACUUUGAACUAUCACACAACUGGAAAAAUGGCAGUGUCUACUUCUUUGGAUACAAGGCUGCCAACCUAUUCAAGCAAUAUCGUGACACUGACGAUUCAGAUGAGGAAAUACCCCUUACAAUUGCAAUCAGUUGUGAUGAAGGUUUAAUUGCAAAAGCUAAGCAGAAGGUGAAGGCAGCGGAACCUAGUAAAGGUGCAAAGGCGGAUGAUGGAGAUGAGAGCAGUGAUGAAGAUGAUUUGUCUGAGGAUGAAGGUGAUUCUGAGAUGAGGGAGGACGAAGAUGAUAGUGAUGAAGAUCAGUCUGAUGAGGAGGAGACACCAAAGAAGGUAGCUCAAUCAAGCAAAAAGAGACCAGCUACAAAAUCACCUUCGCCCCAUAAAAAGACAAAAUUUGUAACUCGUCAAAAGACUGAUGGUAAGAAAGGUGCUGGUGGAUCUCUUCCCUGCAUGACAUGCGGCAGGUAA